GGAGGAGUAAGUCAAACCUGGCAACACGGACUACCGCUUUGUUAACACUUCAUUUAACCAAGAUGGCAGACUGCGAGGAGAUCAGCGAUGAAGAGAAGGUCCGAGUUGCAGCCAGCUUCGUGCUGCAUGCUCCUCCAGGAGAAUUCAAUGAAGUUUUCAAUGAUGUGCGGAUACUGCUCAACAAUGACAAACUUCUCAGAGAGGGAGCUGCCCAUGCCUUUGCCCAGUACAACAUGGAUCAGUUCACCCUUGCCAAAAUUGAAGGAUAUGAAGAUCAGGUCCUGAUAACAGAGCACGGUGAUCUGGGUAACGGCCGCUUCUUUGACCCUCACAACAAGGUUUCCUUCAAGUUCGACCACCUGAGAAAAGAAGCUAGUGACCCACAGCCCCACGAGGGCGAAGCAGCUCUAAGAUCGUGGAGAGAUGUCUGUGAUUCUGCACUGAGGGCCUACGUCAAGGAGCACUAUCCUAAUGGAGUUUGCACCGUUUAUGGGAAAACAAUCGAUGGGCAGCAGACCAUCAUAGCUUGUAUUGAGGGUCAUCAGUUUGAACCUAAAAACUUCUGGAACGGCCGCUGCCGGUCUGAGUGGAAAUUCAGUGUCUCACAAUCUACAGCACAGGUAGUUGGAGUCAUGAAGAUACAGGUACAUUAUUAUGAGGAUGGGAAUGUGCAGCUGGUCAGCCACAAAGAUGUACAGGAAGCGCUGACUGUGUCUAAUGAGAGCCAGACUGCGAAGGAAUUUGUGAAAAUUAUCGAGGAUGCAGAAAAUGAUUACCAGGUGGCAAUCAGUGAGAACUACCAGACCAUGUCAGACACCACGUUCAAAGCCUUACGCAGACAACUCCCUGUCACUCGCACUAAGGUCGACUGGAACAAGAUCCUCAGCUACAAGAUCGGCAAAGAGAUGCAGGGUUCUUAGAGGAUGGUCGCUUUAAGGUUCACGUCAGAAACAACCAGGAAAAACGCCGGCACUCGCGCAGACACGUGUGAUGCAACAUAAAGUACUGUAUGUCUUUAUCAAAAAGAGACAUUUGUUUGGGGUUUUUUUUUCCAGAGUGAGAGCUUCUUUGUUCAUUUUGAAAGACAUUGGUUGGUGUAAUGUUCGCUCGUAUGCAAACAUAUUAUUUUCUAACAACUCUUGCCUUUUGUGACUCUGAAAGUCUGGGUCAUCACCUGCUAUUCACAUUAUACAGUUUCUGAACCUUGAGUGCUUCUAAAGAACAAAUCCUCCAAAACCUUGACUUUCUCGUAGCAACUAACCUACUCUCUCAAUAUAAAAUAACUGAUAAUCUUUAAGAGCUUCCAUUACAUUUAUAAUUUUUUAUUAAUAGAGGGCAAAAACCGAUGCAGUUUGAUGUGGUAACUGACUGGAAAGAGGCUUUACAGCAACAAAUAUCACGGUUUUUAUUUUAGUCUUAAGAUUUAUGCAUCCCUCUGGACGCUGGGUUUUCACCAGCGGACAUGCCAAAGCAUAAAUAUUUCUUUUCCUAUUCUUUGAACAUAUUUAGUCUUCCCUUAAGAGGUAAAGUUCUCUUUUCCAGUGAUAACCCCUAAACAGUAUAUCUGCCCCUGGACUGAUGAGUAUCGAUGUCGUCCUGACAGCUAUUUGCCUUUAGCUUUUGCUAUAUUUUUUAUACAGACUGUAAGUACAUUUAUUAUUCAUGAAAUAAAAAUAUGGUCUUCAAGAA